CGGACUUAAAAUACCGAUUUACUGCGCCAGGUGAUCAGAUUACGCCGGAUAUUUAUCAAUUCUUUCACCUUAUCCUGAUUCCUUUGAUCCUGAUGCACAUAACGCAUAUAUGUCGAAACAUUUGGAUUUUUAGAGUCUAUAUUUAGAUAAACCAAUGAUAAAUACCAAAAUACUAAAUAUGGAAUUAUAAAGACAGCAAAUAUAUAUGGUUUUAUUUCACUUUAAUAACCGAUACAAAUUUUGAAAAUGCCGGAAUAUAUUUUUGAUGAAUCAUUGAUUUCAACCGAGAUACAAGACGCGUUAUCACCUAAUUUAAAGUUAAGACCGCUCGCAAAGGAUGAUUUUGAUAAAGGAAUUUUUGAUUGUUUAGAACAACUUUCAAUUACGGGAGAAAUUUCACAGAAAAAAUUUGUUGAACAAUUUGAAGAAAUGAAAAAGGCUGGCGGAUACUAUACGAUUGCUAUUGAGGAUGAAGAUCAAGGAAAGAUCGUAGGUCUAGGAACUUUAUUUGUGGAAAUGAAAUUUCUGAGGAACUGCGGAAAGGCAGGACAUAUAGAGGAUAUUGUUGUACACGAUUCACAAAGAGGAAAAAGUUUGGGGAGAAGAAUUAUUGAUCAGCUUAAACAUAUUGGCAAAGAACUUGGAUGUUAUAAGUUAAUUUUGAAUUGUAACGAAAAAAAUAUUCCUUUUUAUGAGAAAUGUGGACUGACUUUAAAAGAUGUGCAAAUGACUUUAUAUACAACGACGUAGGAGAAGAUUUGGGUAUUGGAAAUUAUACAUUCUCGAAAACAAAUAUCAAUGGCGCGCAGUUUAAUUUACAAAAUAGAUUUUAACAUAAUUUAUUAUAUCAUUAGACAUUUUUUAAAAU